AGUGCAGAUUACACUCAGUACAGUGAGCUCACUGAAACUCUGCUGUAUUUCACUGUGAUGUCACUCAGAAUGGCUCCUCCUCUUCCUCUGGUCUUUCUGCUCAUGACUGUUGGAGCUUUUGGAACAGAGUGGAGUGUGAAGUACAACCAACAGGAAAUAUGUGCUUUAAAAGGAUCCACAGUGUUUAUUAAUGGAACUUAUACUCACCCAGAACAUCUUACAGUGACAGAGACUUUUUGUUUCAUAUACCCAGUUCAGAAUGUGGAGCCGACUGAUCUGAGUAAAGACCCAGAUUACUUAGGCAGAGUCAAGUAUUUAACUGAUGAACAGAAACACUUCUCCCUCAAACUGAGUGAUGUGAUGGAGAGGGAUGACCGUCAGUACUACUUUAGAAUCAGAACAAAUGAAGAAAAAGAAAAAUGGUUUGGUACACCUGGAGUUCAGCUCAGAGUUACAGAGCUCCAUGUGGAAACUCCUGAAGAAGUGACAGAGGGAGAAACAGCAGAUCUGACAUGUAAAACCACCUGCAGUCUGACUGACCCAACAUUCAUCUGGUACAAAAAUGGACGUCCUUUAACCACAAAGACCAUCAAGAACAACCAGCUCCACCUGCAGACAGUCAGCAGUGAGGAUGCAGGCAGUUAUAGCUGUGCUGUAAGAGGAUAUCAACAUCUCAACUCUACUGCUCACAACCUCAGAGUCAGAUAUCCUCCAAAGAGCAUCUCAGUGUCCAUCAGCCCCUCUGGUGGAAUAGUGGAGGGCAGUUCAGUGACUCUGACCUGCAGCAGUGAUGCAAACCCACAUGUAAAGAACUACACCUGGUCUAAAGAAGGUGGAACCUCACCUGUAGGAUCUGGACAGAAUUACAGCAUCAUCAGCAUCACUGCUGACCACACUGGACUGUACUACUGUGAAGCUCAGAAUGAACAUGGAGCUCAGAAUGGAACUGUGAUGGUCACUGUUAAGAGUCAGAGUGUGUCUGCUGUUUGGAUUGCAGUGGGAGGAGGAAGCUUUCUCCUUCUGCUUAUUACUGCCUUAAUCUGCAUCCUCUGGAUCAACAGGAAGAAAAGAAACUCUGAUGAACAAGAUUAUGAGAACGCUGACCCUAAUGCUAAGGACGACACGUACACAGCUCUUCAGCCCACAGCCAGGUCCUCUAAAGAUGUGUACCACACACUUGCAGCUGUUCAGUCCAGUUCUCUUGAUGACACGUACACAGCUCUGGACCCUCAGUCCAGUUCUCCUGAGUACCACACUCUAGCAGUGAGUUCUACACAUUAAACUGUGAUACUCAGUAACAGAGAAGGUGAUAAACUCCAUAUACAGUGGAUUCACUUUAGAUCCCUUCAUCAUGAUCCAGUGUGAGUGAACAUGGUGGAUUAGGACUAAGAUUAAGGAUGUUGUACUGAACUGUGUUUGUGGAUGUUUGUUCUGAGGUUGUCUGUUUCUUUGUUGUUCAUGUUUCUCUAUGAUAUCUGUGAGCUCAGUGUUUGUGGAGCUCUGAUUAUUUGGAGAUUAACUUAAAUGUCUGACUCUGUGUUUCUUGUUUAUGUACAAGACAUGAUGAUCUCUUUAUUUUAGCUUUUAAACUCAAAGUUCCUGCU